CUUAGGUGUUGCUAGUUCCUCAGUACUAAGCCUGGCGAGGCUUCUGUUAGCUUCUCAGAUGCUGGUGAGCAUGGGCAUGGUGGGGCUGCCUCUUAGGGAAGCCGCGCUCUGCAUUCAUUAGGUCACAAAAAAAACUAUUUUCUGGACCAGUGCUAUCGCCACCUCUCCCUGGCCACGAAUAGCAGUCCCUGUGUAUCAGACGCUGAGUGAUGCCAGAUGACAUCUGAUAAAGUGUCCGUGGUCUGGGACACAGCAUGCCACAGGGCCUGGCUGCUCCCUUGCUCCUGCUGAUCCUCCAGGGAGCUCAGGCCUGCCUGAACCUCACCUGCUACACUGACUACCUCUGGACUGUCACCUGUGUCCUGGAGACAUGGAACCUCCACCCCAACACACUCAUUCUCACCUGGCAAGAUGAAUACGAGGAACUGCAGGAAAAGGAAACCUCUUGCAGCCUGCAUAGGUCGAGCCACAAUGCCACACAUGUGCGGUACACAUGCCACAUGCCCUUGUCUGGAUUCAUGGCCGAUGAUGUUUUCGUUGUCAACAUGAUGGACCACUCCAGCAACAACUCCCAGGACUGUGGCAGCUUUGUCCUGGCUGAGAGCAUCAAGCCAGCUCCUCCUUUCAAUGUGACCAUGACCUUCUCUGGACGCUAUGUUAUCUCCUGGCACACCAAUUAUGAAGAUCCCACCUUCUACGUGCUGAUGGGCAAGCUACAAUAUGAGCUGCAGUUUUGGAACCUCGGAGACCCCUAUGCUGCGAGGCCGGUAACUAAGCUGAUCUCAGUGGACUCACGGAAUGCCUCCCUUCUCCCUGAAGAGUUCCACAAAGGCUCUACCUACCAGCUGCAGGUGCGGGCAGCACCCCAGACAAGCAGUUCAUUCAGAGGGACCUGGAGUGAGUGGAGUAACCCUGUCAUCUUUCAGGCUGAGGGUAAGUAGCCCAAGGCAGGCUUGGACCCUCACCUGUUGCUGCUCCUCCUGAUUGUCUCGGCCCCUGUCCUGAUUAUCAUGGGUCUGAAGAACCACCUGCCUUGGAGAUUAUGGAAGAAGGUAUGGGCACCAGUGCCCAGCCCUGAGAGCUUCUUCCAGCCCCUAUACUGGGAACACAACGGGAACUUCAAGAAAUGGGUGGAUACCCCUUUCACGGCCUCUAGCCUGGAGCUGGCACCACGGAAUCUCACAGCAACCUCAGCUCUACAAGUGCAUGACAGCUGUUCGUCAUCAUACCCGGUCAAGGGAAAGAAGUUCCUGGGGCCACCAGGUCUGGAAGAGCAGCUGGAGUGUGAUGGGGUGUCCGAGCCUGGCCACUGGUGCACAGUCCCCUUGGCAGCUGUCACAGGGCAUUCAGCCUAUAGUAGUGAGGAGAGAGACCGGCCGUAUGGUUUGGUGUCCAUCGACACAGUGACUGUGGGGGAUGCAGAGGGCCCAUGUGCCUGGCCCUGUACCUGCGGGACAGAUGAUGGCUACCCAGCCCUGAACCUGGAUGCUGGCCCAGAGUCUGGCCCUAAUGCAGAAAAUCUGCUCUUGGUCACAAACACCACUUUUCUGUCAUGUGGCUGUGUCUCAGGUGGUGGCCUCAGGCUGGGAGGCUCCCCAGGCAGUCUCCUGGACAGGUUGAGGCUGCCCCUUGACGUGGAAAGGGACUGGACAGCAGGCCCACCCUGGAGAACUGGGUCCCCAGGAGGGGGCUCUGAGAGUGAAGCAGGCUCACCCCCUGGCCUGGACAUGGACACUUUUGACAGCGGCUUUGCAGGCUCAGACUGUGGCAGUCCCGUGGAGAGUGAUGAAGGGCCCCCUCGCAGCUAUCUCCGCCAGUGGGUGGUCAGGACCCCUCUACCCGUGAACAGUGGAGCCCAGGCCAGCUAGCAUACAGUAGCCAGCUGUGAUGAGGAGAGGUCAGAAGCCUGUAGUCGCUGGAUGGCCUUUGAGCCUGACAUUUACAGUGUGAAUAUGUAGGUAUGUGUGUGUACAUGUGUGGCUUGAGUGUGUUAGCACAUCCAUGUGUGAGAAAUGCCUGUGCAUGCCUUCUGUCCACUGUCAUACCUGUGUGCGUCUGCCUGAGCUCACUGUGUGCAUGCAUGAGUGUAGGUGUCUCUUAGACAUAAGCCUCUGACUUCUCCCUUGCAGACAUGUGGGGUGGCCACAGUCAGUGUCAAGACACUGGUCCAGAUUGCUGCCCCAGGGCACUAUCACCAAACCCAGCCCAACCAGGUGGCAUAUCCAGAACCUAUGAAGUCCAGGCUGUUACUGUCUUCUCUCCUUGGGUAAAAGAUAGAGUAGUACCCAUUGGAGUGGGAAGGUUGGGGGGACUUAAGAAUGUAGCUGUGAACCCCAGCUUUGGUGGCUCUAGGCCAUGCAACCUGAAGAAGUCACUCCAAACCCUGCAGACUUUGCUUUCUUGGACAUUAGAAUGGUACAGCUGCCCUGGCUCUGCCCUAUGCAGCUUGCAUCCCCUUUCAGCUUCUUGACUUUUGUGGCUUCUAGAACCAGGUGCAUGCCCCGAGGUGGGAGGAUGAAAAAAGUCAGCAUACACGCAUAGUCUGGGUAUCUGUGGAGAAUCCUGCUAAGGGCACUGAGUGCAUUUUUGGGCUGAGAUAUACACAGCCUGGUCUCCCAGAAGCAGAACCACCAACCAAGGUUUCUUUUGUUUUUUGUUUUUUUGGAGUUUUUUUUGUUUGUUUGUUUGUUUCUGGUUUUCCGUGGCUUAUUAAAAAUUUCUCUAAGUACUCAGGGAAUAUUUAUCAAGUAUCAGGCAUGGAGAGAGGGUACAGAGCACAUUACCCACAGAACCCUCUGUGUGACACCCACAGAGGGGACACAAAAAAAGCCAUCAAGAAGUAGCUUCUAGGGUUUGGAGAGAGAGCUCAGUGGUCACUGGUUGCUCUU